AUGGAUUCUGGAUUCAAGAGUAAUCGCCCUCAGUUACGUGGAGCUCUGUGUUCAUCAAAUGAGGGGAGGAGGCAAGCAAGAUCACCGUCAGUUAUAGUGAUAGGUGGUGGAAUUGCCGGAGUGGCAGCAGCACGUGCUUUGCAUGAUGCUUCAUUCCAGGUUGUCUUGUUAGAAUCAAGAGACAGGCUUGGUGGUCGAGUUUAUACUGAUUUCUCUUUUGGUUUUCCUGUCGACCUUGGUGCAUCAUGGUUACAUGGGGUGUGCAAAGAGAAUCCCUUGGCACCAUUGAUCGGGAGGUUAGGACUACCCCUGUACCGUACUAGUGGUGAUAACUCAGUCUUGUAUGACCAUGAUCUUGAAAGCUACGCACUCUUUGAUGUGGAUGGGAACCAAGUUCCACAAGAAUUGGUCACCAAAGUUGGCGAAGCAUUUGAGAACAUUUUAAAAGAGACAGAUAAAGUAAGACUCGAAAACAAUGAAGACAUGUCUAUACUCCGUGCUUUCUCAAUUGUUUUUGAAAGACGACCAGAUUUAAGGUUGGAGGGGCUUGCCCACAAGGUGCUUCAGUGGUAUUUGUGCAGAAUGGAAGGAUGGUUUGCUGCUGAUUCUGAGACAAUAUCACUUAAAUGCUGGGAUCAGGAAGAACUGCUCCCUGGUGGGCAUGGGCUUAUGGUGAGGGGCUACCUUCCUGUCAUAAACACUCUUGCCAAAGGUCUUGACAUCCGCUUGGGCCACAGGGUGACAAAAAUAGCAAGGCGUUAUAAUGGAGUAAAGGUAACAGUGGAAGAUGGGAGAACAUUUAUGGCCGAUGCUGCUGUUGUUGCUGUUCCUAUUGGUGUGCUGAAGUCUAAGACCAUAACAUUCGAACCUAAACUUCCAGACUGGAAGGAAGAAGCCAUAGAUGACCUUGGAGUGGGAAUUGAGAAUAAGAUUGUGUUGAACUUUGAACAGGUGUUCUGGCCAAAUGUAGAGUUCUUGGGUGUGGUUGCAGAGACAUCAUAUGGCUGCAGUUACUUCCUGAAUCUUCAUAAGGCAACUGGUCACCCUGUCCUUGUUUACAUGCCUGCUGGGAAGCUUGCCAGAGACAUUGAGAAAAUGUCUGAUGAAGCUGCUGCCAAUUUUGCUUUUACACAACUCAAGAAGAUCCUUCCUGAUGCUUCUGCACCGAUUCAGUAUCUUGUUUCUCGGUGGGGCUCAGAUAUCAACUCACUUGGUUCUUAUACCUAUGAUACAGUAGGCAAACCCCAUCAUCUGUACGAGAGGUUAAGGGUCCCAAUAGAUAACCUAUUCUUUGCAGGAGAGGCAACAAGUGUGAAUUACCCAGGGUCAGUGCAUGGUGCAUUCUCGACAGGAUUGAUGGCUGCAGAAGAUUGCAGGAUGCGCGUUCUGGAGCGUUAUGGAGAGCUGGACUUGUUUCAGCCAGUCAUGGGUGAGGAGGCACCGGUGUCUAUCCCACUCUUGAUCUCCCGAAUGUAA